CCGGCGGCGCUGUCCGGUGCUGAAGCGGCGGCGGCGCGGAGCGGGGAGAGGCCGCCAUGGACCGAGCCGCCAACCUGGGGCCGCCGCUCGCGCUGCCGCUGCUGCUGCUGCUUCUACCGCUGCUCCCGCCCGCCGCGCCCGCGCCCCUCGCCCGGCCGCUCGCGGGGCUCCUGGGGUGCUCGCUGGAAGACGGCCUCUGCAGACGGUGGGAGACCUGUGUCCACGACGGAGUGUUUGGAAGGUGUCAGAAGGUUCCGGUGACAGAUGUCUACCACUAUGAGGUGUCGCCGGGGGCCCAGCAGCAUCUGAGGGCCGCCCUGCUGCAGCUGUCCCGCGCAGGCUUCGCGUGGCAGGAUGACUACACGCAGCACAUGCUGGCCCGGGAGCUGGCCCACGUCCCCCGAACCCACUUGCGACGUCCUGAUGCUGCCCACCUGGCCAGGAGCUGGAAGCUGAGAGCCGAGGAAGAGAGGAGGCCUGGUGUGCAGGGCGACCGCGUGCUGGCCACAGCCCUGGAGCACUCCCUGCUGUCCCUGGAGGCCCUGUCCCCGGCUGUGGCCCUGGACCUGCUCCCAAGGAUGCAGCAGAGCGGGCGGGCAGUCCAGGGUGAGGGCCCCCAGGCCGACAGCGUGCUGACCUCCGCCCCCGCCUCCCGGACCAGGCACCCCAUGGGCCACCCUCUGCAGACCCUCAGCCGGCUCCCGCCGGGUGAGCUCAGCCCCGAGGGGGACGGUGGGGUCCAGAAGCGGACUCUGCUCAGGCAGCUGAUAGCCUACUUGGCCAUGAUAGCCCCCUCGCCCACCCCGGCGGGCCCCCUUGCGCCUGGUGACCUUCUGCGUGUGCCCUGGAGGAAACACGGGAAGCGGUUUUCGCCUUCAGAAGACCCCACCGAGCCCCUGGGCACCAGCAAUGGAGCAUGGAUUCAGCACUUCCUGGAGGACCCAAGAAAGGACCAGGUUGCUGUGGAGACGCUGAGCCCCCCGGACCUGGACAAGAUGGCCAGUGUGAUUGCCGAUGCCGUGGACACGGAGCGGGCAUGGGAAGGCCCCCGAGGGGCUGGAGGAGAGCCCGGGGAGCCGGCGGACAGCUCUGAGGCAGCGCUCGGGGACGGCGCCCACGGUGGGGGUGGAGCGCAAGGCACCAGGGCACGGGACGGCGGUGCGCGCGGCCACGGGGAGGUAGGCCCUGCGAGCCUCAGCCGCGGGGACGUCCUGCAGGGCCCGGGGUCUCGACGCCCACCUGGAGCCCCACCUGGAGCCCCUCCUGCCACCAGGGUCGAGCAGGCAGAGGGCCCUGCGGCUGCCUUGUCUUCGGAGGAGGACACCGCGGGGGUGGAGAACGUGAGGAGCCGGACCUACUCCACGGAGCUGCUGGCGAGGCCGCGCUCGGAGCCCAGGGCCCACAGGCUGGGGGAGCUCCCGCGCUGGGUCCCGGGGGCCUCGCAGGAGCAGGAGGGCCCCGGCCACGGCCUGCGGCUGGAGGUCAAGUCUCCUGAGGAGGCCUAUGGCUACAUCGUGACCGAGAGCGACCCCCUGAGCCUGGAGAAGGGGAGGCAGCUGCUGGCGGACGUUGCAGGCAUGCUCCAGGUGCCCACGGGCGUCCUCGCAGACACUGAGGUCCUGGGACCAGCUGUGACCUUCAGAGUGAGCGCCAACGUCCAGAACGUGACGCCUGCAGAUGUGGUGAAGGCAGCAGUCAGCAACAAGGACAAACUGGAAAGAUCGUCGGGACUGCGGAUUCUUCAAGCCGGAGUGGGGUCGACACUAGAUUUCAUGGCCUCGCCGUCUCGGACAAUUGUCCAUCGGGCAGCUGUCAUGAGGGCUCCUGCUGAUGGCUGA